GGAGGCAGGAAGAGUGAGGGUGUUGUAAAUGCAGAAAAAAAUGUCUUUAUUUGAUUUUAUGAAAACAUAAACUCAACAAGGACUAAGGCACUGCUGCUGUGAUCUCUUCCUUUGCUGGGAGUUUUUUUCUGCAGAUUGGUUUAGACUGGGGCAGAGACAUGAGCUAAUUGUAUCCUGAUCUUUGCCUUGAGGGGUUUCGGAGCCCUGGAGCAAGUAUUCUCUGUAUUUUGUUCUGUCUACCUUAGCCAAGCUAUUGCAUUUCUCACUGGUGUAGGAAGAGAAGCAGAUCGUGGGCCAAAUCGGAGGGAAAAGGUGCAUAAAAAGAUACUUUAUGCCGCUCUAUGUUUCAGGCCCCUUUGCCUUCUGCGAGGGAUUCUGGAGUUGAAUUUUAAAACUAUGUAUGGCUGCUGCCUGCGCUUAUCAGCGCGUGCACAAGCGGCAUGCAAAUCAGACCAGGAUCACACACCGCAUUGGAGGCCUACACUCAAAGGAUCAUCGCUCCAGCAUGUCCAGGCCCAUGAUCACACGGUCACCGGUGUCUCCCUUGAGCAACCAGGGCAUCCCAACACCUGCACAGCUCACCAAGUCCAACGCUCCUGUGCACAUUGAUGUGGGAGGACACAUGUACACCAGCAGUCUGGCCACCUUAACAAAAUUCCCAGAAUCCCGAAUUGGUCGUCUCUUUGAUGGCACAGAGCCUAUAGUCCUGGACAGCCUGAAGCAGCACUACUUCAUUGACAGGGAUGGACACAUGUUCCGCUACAUCCUAAACUUCCUCAGGACGUCCAAGCUUCUCAUCCCAGAAGACUUCAAAGACUACAGUCUGCUGUAUGAGGAGGCACGGUACUUCCAGCUGCAGCCAAUGCUGUCUGAGCUGGAGCGCUGGCGUCAGGACCAGGAGCUAGCCCGGGUGUCACGCCCCUGCGAGUGCUUGGUGGUGCGCGUUGCACCUGACCUGGGCGAGAGGAUCGCGCUCAGCGGUGACAAGGCCCUGAUUGAAGACGUGUUUCCGGAAAUCGGUGAUGUCAUGUGCAACUCUGUCAAUGCCGGUUGGAACCAUGACUCCACGCACGUCAUCCGCUUCCCACUUAAUGGAUACUGCCACCUCAACUCUGUCCAGGUUCUAGAGCGCCUGCAACAACGUGGCUUUGAGAUCGCCGGCUCCUGUGGUGGAGGUGUGGACUCAUCCCAAUUCAGCGAGUACGUCCUGAGGAGGGAACUGAGGAGGACAAGUCAGCGAGGAUCCAAUUCAAACAGGAUAAAGCAAGAGCAGCUGGACUAGAAACCUCCCGAGCAGCAGGAGGUGCUAGACUUUUCUGUGGCGUCCAAACGCUCAACGCUGCAGAGCUCUGUGGACUCUGUUUUUCUCCGUUUUCCUUGUUAAUGUUUUUGUUUUCUUAAACUUGAGAACCAUCUAGAGAAUAAAUAUGAGGUGCAACAGGAGAUUUUUUUGCCAUAAGAAGAUACAAGACAUUUGAUAAGUUUGAGAUUGCAAGGACAUUUGUUGAAUGUCUAGUCCCCAUAAACCAAUUUAAAAAGGAUUUAUACACGCUGGAUCCCCAAACAAAGUUUGUUUUAAAACUUGGAGCCUACAUUAGGUUCAAUAUGAUUUCUAUUAUUCCCAUAUCAAUUUAAAAGAAGGCUUUUAUUGCUUACGUAGUAUAUUGCAUAGCUUGUCACCAAUGACUUGAUUUUGAUGUCUCACUGGCAAAUUGGCAAAGUCUGUUUUUAUCCCUCGCUGUAAAAAAGGUCACUAAUGUGUUGCUUACAGUACAGAAUGUCUCAGUUAUCAUAAACGGUUAGUUUCAACAAAGCAUCUUUUCUCACAACUAACAUGAUGUUGAAUAUUAUGAUACCAAUGAAGUGUUUUUUUUACUUUAAUGAAAGUUAUUUUAUUGGAUUAUGUCAUGAAAUACAGAUGACAUUAGUAUCAUCAAAAUUAAAAUCAAAUACCCACCCGUACACAGUACAGAAAAUAAUUCAGUAAAAUAUUAUGUCACACCAUUUUCCUCAUUGCAUAGUAUGAACCACUAACCCCCAUUUGCUAACUUGGGAAUUAUUUAAUUGGAUCAUAAUAUUCCCCCGAGUCAUGACCUGUAAAUUCCUUUCAUUGUAUAUGUGUUUUGUGUUUUUUACAUUGAAUCUUUUUAAAGCGAUUUGUUGCCUCCAACAUGACUGAACAGAUUAAAGCUUAAUGUACAACCGACUCCAAGAUCACUUUUAAUUGUAGCACAUAUUGAUAUGAAGUUGGAUAUAUAGUAUUUCUAAGAUGACUGACCCACCUACGCUCCCUAGAUUUGAGUAAAGAGGAAUGUAGCACAAAAUGUGAAAUAAAUCUCAACUAAAGUUGU